AUGAAACUCAGCUUCAUCACAACCAUCUUGUUGGAAUCCAUAUCAUUUAGCCAAGCCUUUGGUUCAGUGACUGAAGGUCUCAAGAGUGAAAAAGAAAUGAUAUCAGCUGAUGGGGCUGUAGUGAAACCCAUUGAUGCGCUGGCCAAGCUCAGACAGAACCUGAUGAUGUUUCAGGAUGUGUACAAUGCUAUCUACAUGGAUGGAGAAAGUGCUUGGACCACAGCAGUCAAACAUCAUCUUGAUGUUCAACCGGGACAUGGGUGGUGUGAAAGUGCAUGUAAAUCACUCACUGAACCAAACACUUGGCUAAAUGAUAUGGAUGCCAACAAGAUGGUUGCAACAAAGCUGUGA